GCUACAAUGAGCAGCUUCCUAGACUACACGGUGAUGAGCGGUGAAGGUGGCUCGUGCUCUGUCAGGGCUUUCCAUUCGGACCACGGGAUUACAAGUUUCCAGUCCUGCUCAGCCACUGUAAACAACUGCGGGGCCGAUGAUCGUUUCAUGGCGAGCAGAGCUUCUCCCGACGGCAUCCCACACCAGCCGGGCUCAUACCAGUCCACCACGAGCUCCCUGAGUCUCUCCUAUGGGGCCCAUCCGGCCUGUAGCUCCAACUAUGGACCACAAAGUUUCUGCGCCACCUACAACCACUACGCACUCAACCAGGAAGUGGACUCUGCGGCGGUAUUCCCCCAGUGCGGCCCUCUGAUGUAUUCGGGGAACAUUUCCUCAUCCAUGGUGUCUCAGCAUCGCCAUGGUUACAGCGCUGCCCCCUUAGGUCAGCUGCAGUAUACCCAAGCUGCUUAUGGCGGCGGGCACGAGCAGGCAACCCCUUAUCCUGGCUGCUCCAACCCGCUGUCACCUCUCCAUGCGGCUCACCUGGAGGCUUGCUGUUCCCCUCUGUCUGAGAGCGCAUCGUCUGCACAGACGUUUGACUGGAUGAAAGUUAAGAGGAACCCACCAAAAACAGGUAGGUCUGGUGAAUACGGUUAUGCUGGUCAGCCGAACACCGUCCGGACCAACUUCACCACCAAACAGCUGACAGAACUGGAGAAAGAAUUUCACUUCAACAAGUACCUGACCAGGGCGCGUCGGGUGGAGAUCGCUGCUGCGCUGCAGCUGAAUGAGACUCAGGUGAAGAUUUGGUUUCAGAACCGGAGGAUGAAGCAAAAAAAACGCGAGAAAGAAGGCCUGCUGCCAACCAAAGUAGCAUCCUCGGACCCGGGAGAGAGCAUUCAAGAGAAAAUGGACGAUGCAGCGUCUGAGAAGUCUAUUUCGGCCCCAUCAACUCCUUCUCCCACAUCCUCCACGGUGUCCUCUGCGGGAGCUGAUCCUUAUGCUUCCAACUGAAGACCAACUGCCUCUUUACCUCUUUGUGCCACUGCGGCCUGUAUAUAUCAAAUUUCGUACCAACUGUAUCAA